UGCACUCUCGCUUCGAUGCACAUUGGUUUGCAUAGAGCCAUCGCAUGAUGCCAAGUGCACCCUGUGCGCUAUAAUACGCCUUUAUGCAUACUUUACAAAUCAUUCUCUUCUUAAUGCAUGCCAAAGAGUGUUUAUAAAUUACUACGGUAGAAUAGUUUGGCUCUGGUUGUUCGAGAUGGAGAUUUUGGGAAUGGAUGUGUCGGUGACUUGGGUGUUAGUUACCGGACUUAUAACUCUGACUGCUUGGUACGAUUGGUGGAGCCAUCACUACUUCCAGCGACUGGGUAUUCCCGUUGCUGACUAUAUCCCCAUCUUUGGGAAUUUACUCCAAUGGCGAUAUGGGUUUCAUCAAACUUUUGCCGAUUUUGCGAAGAAGUACGGCAAAGUUUUUGGAAUGUAUGAAUUUAGGAAACCUGUUUUGAUAGUAACCGAUCCUGAGAUCAUCAGGAAAAUGUGCAUCAAGAAUUUCUCCAGUUUCAUCAAUCGUAAGACUUUACCAUUGUGUCAGCAACCGAGAGACAAGGGUUUGACUCGACUCAAGGGCCAAGAAUGGAAGGAAGUUCGUAACGUCGUCAUGCCGUCUUUUAGUGCCUCUAAAAUGCGUCUUAUGUCUCCACUGAUUAAUGGUUGCGGCGAUAGCUUGGUUGCUAAUAUCAACAAAGCACAGACUGGGGGAAAAUCUGUCGACUGCAGAGAGAUAUUUGGUAGUUUCGCUAUGGAUGCAAGCGCAUUGUGUGGAUUCGGAUUGGAAGUUGACUCCCAGAAAAACAAAGAUGAUCCUCUGGUUGAGCAUGCAAGGAAGGCCGUCGAUUUCUUCUUGUACAAUCCAGCCAGGUUGAUUUGUGGUAUUUUCCCGAUUCUUCGACCUAUCUUCGACUACUUCGACUUUGGUGUUUUUGACAGCAAAGCUGUCGACUUCUUCACCGCAUUAACGAACGACACUUGUAAACUUCGCAGACAAGAAGGAAAGUCCGCCUCCCAACGGAUUGAUAUACUUCAGUUGAUGCUAAAUGCUCAUGGUGAAACAGGGGAUGAGCGGACAAAUUCUACCAAAGAGGGCGCUUCGACACGUAGGGCUCUAACAGCUGAUGAGAUUUUAGCUCAGAGCAUCAUAUUUUUCUUUGCUGGAUACGAAACCGUAAGCGCUCUUCUGAUCUUCGUUACCUACGCGAUGGCUACAAACCCAGACAUCCAAGAAAAACUCCAUGCAGAAAUUGACGACAGCGCCCCCACGCGGGACAGCCUGAACUAUGACGUCAUCUUCAAGAUGGAGUACCUUGAUAAGGUGGUCAGUGAAACUCUUCGCAUGUAUCCUCCAGGAGCUGUAUUUGAUCGCUUUUGUAACGAAACCGUUACCUAUAAUGGUCUCACCAUAGAAAAGGGAGUUACCAUCAUGGUAAGCGUCUGGACAAUUCAUCACAACGAGGAGUACUGGCCAAACCCAUCCAAGUUCGAUCCCGAAAGGUUUAGUCCGGAGAACAAAGAGUCCAUUCAACCGUGUACUUACCUACCGUUUGGUGUUGGACCUCGAAACUGUGCUGGCAUGCGGUAUGCCUUACUGGUUACCAAAAUGGCGGUGCUGCGUGUCAUGCAGAACUUCCGGUUUGAGGUCAGUCCGGAAACUCAGAUUCCUCUUCAACUGGGCAAAGUUGGUUUGGCACCAAAGAAUCUGUUUGUGCGAAUGGUUCCACGAAAGAAGUAACUACACCAGUUUAUAUAGUCAGCGAAGGAAAUGUUUGCGUUUCUUUAUGCAAGGAGUGGUCUGUACGCUAAUCGAACGGUCACUCACUGUCUCGUGGUGACGUUAUGCACCUCGGGCCAGCCCCAAGUGACCCGUUCAACAAGCAGGGCACUUGGGGUUGACCUGGGUGAGCCCCUGGAAUGACGUCAAAUAUAACAAUUAUUAUGGGAUGUAUUCAGUACAUAGACAUGUUUAACAUUAAAAGCGCAUAAUGUAUACAACAUUAGUUUAAUGUUAAAGACACUGUACACUAUUGGUAAUUGUCAAAGACGUGUCUUCACAGUUGAUGUAUCU